AUUUUUAAUUAUGAUUAAAGUUAAACCCUCUAAAAUCUUAACUUUGCUUCUAAUCCAUCAAAAGAACUAAAUUUUAUUAGCUAUGAAAAAGAGAGGGUUUGGAAUGGGUAAAUAUAAUGGAUUUGGAGGUAAAGUUGAAAGGAAUGGAGAAAGCAUAUAUUAAGCAGCAAUCAGAGAAACUUAAGAAGAAGGUUGUAUUACUCCUACUGAUGCUUAACUUAUUGGGUAUAUAAAAAUGGAUUUUGAUUGUGAAAAAGAAACCCUUAAAGUUCAUAUAUUUAAAGCUACUCAAUUUGAAGGAGAAGUUUAAGAGACAGAAGAAAUGAAACCUUAGUGGUUUGAUGUAAAUAAUAUUCCAUAUAAAACUAUGUGGAUUGAUGAUCAAUAUUGGGUUCCAUAUUUACUUGAUAAUAAAUAUUUUUAUGGUUAUUUGUUAUUUGAAGGACAUGAUAAAUUAAUUAAAGUAGAUAUUAAAGAAACUACUUAAUAAGAAUUAUUGAAUAUAUCUGAAAAAGAAUCUGAAAUCAGAUUAUAAUGA